UCCAAGCGGGUAUUAUGGGAAGGACUGUGCUAAGAUGUGCUCAUGUGGGGAAGGAGGGCAGUGCCACCCAGCUACUGGAAAGUGUAUCUGUGCCCCUGGUAGGAUAGGACAGUCCUGCCAACAAGCAUGUCCUAGGGGGCGCUAUGGCCUGCAGUGCAGAAACACGUGCAGCUGUCAGAACGGGGGUCUGUGUGAUCCCAUCCACGGGUCUUGCAGAUGUGGACUGGGCUGGACCGGAGCGCGCUGUGACUCGGCCUGUUCACAGGGAAAAUAUGGGUUUGAUUGUGCACAAGACUGUCCAUGCCUCAACAAUGGGACCUGCGACCGUUUCACCGGCACCUGCGGCUGUUCUGUUGGAUACUACGGCCACUCCUGUCAACACAGUUGUCCAUCUGGGUUCUUUGGCAUGAAAUGUGCCCGUACGUGUGACUGUAAAGCAGGGCGGACAUGUGAUCAUGUGACAGGCAAAUGUGUGUGUCCACCAGGCUACCAUGGCCCACAAUGUGAAAGAAGGUGUGAGUCUGGCAGGUUUGGAUUGAGCUGUGGAGAGUCAUGUGACUGUGCUGGUGAGGCCCCAUGUGACCCAUCCACCGGGCGGUGCCUCUGUCCCCCAGGAAGGACGGGACAGAGAUGUGAAAAAGAUUGUGGUGGAGAGCGCUUCGGCCCAGACUGCUCUCUGCCGUGUCAGUGCUCCCAGAGGGCCCGCUGUGAGGGGCUCAGUGGGCGGUGCCUGUGCCCUCUCACGUGGCUGGGCCCCACCUGUACCGAAGCGCUGCUACACCAAACCCCGGGACCGUUGAACUUUUCAGUGUCCCAAAGAAAGAGAAGAGCGGGCAGCAAAACCACAUAACCAAAGCAGAGGUGCAAGCUCCUGACUGGACGUCCAGACACGGGGCUCGGCUCUGUGAGACAUUACUCAGAUCAUCUUGGUGAAGGUGAUGUUAGUUGUGAAACUGGUACUCAGCUGUCAGAGACUGGCACUCCAUCACUGAGCCUGGAGCUGGGGCCUGGCAUGUGAGGGGCCCUCAGCGGACCAUCUACCUACCCCAGACUGUCUACGAUUCAAAGUCCAGGGUUACAAAGACUUCAUAGCAAUAACCCACAAAUACCUGCAUCAUAUUUGUGAGUAUUGCUGAUGGAAAGCUGUUCAUUUGCUUUCCCAGUUUUACAUUUAAUCACCUGGUAAGGUUUCUUUCUUAAGGGAAUUUGUACAAUACGUGUAACUGAGACAUUCUUGUCACUGGAGAACAUUUACAACCUACUUUUUGUUUUUAUGUGGCCACAAAAAAGUGGAUGGUCAGCAGAACAGAAGCAUAUUUCUGGUGAAAAUUGAAAUGCCUCUUAAACAGAUUUAGAAAUGUAUGGGUGACUUAUUCAGAAAAUUCACACACAUCCACACAUACAGGGACUAACGUUGGGCUGAUGUUCUAAUAAAGAAGCCAUACAUGUUGAAGCAGGGGGUGUUAUGGAAAAUGACUUCCAGACAAAUCCUAGGAUAUAAACAUGUACUUGGCUUUAAAUUAUAAUUGAUGUCUGAUUUGUUUUCCUCACACACAUUUCAAAUGCCAGAAUCUAUUAAUAUGAAAACAUGCAAAGGAAAGUGUCUUCACCCUCACCAAGCAUUAUGCAAUUUAUUUUAAUUUGUUGCUCAAGUUUUGAUUUCACACAUUUCUUUGUGGAACUGUAUCUUUUCCCAAACAAUUGUAACCCUGUUGUUCUUGUAGUAGGUCGGUAGUGAGGUGGACAUAAGAGUGAUUCGAUUUGACCAGUGUGCAGACAAACACAAGUUAUUUGAACGGCCAAAGAAAAGGAGAAAAUAAACCAUUUCAUCAGGUUUAUCACUCAGGCCCUUCUGCAUUCAGUUAAAGAGAAAUACAUCUUGCAGUACACUAAACACUGACCUUCCUCCAUUUGUUUCUGCAGUGAAAAACACACACCGACCCGUCUGCUGUGUGCUGACACUUUUACUUCCUGUCACCUGCUUCUUGUAGCCAAUCAGAGACGAGCUCUGUAAUCAGGGCCAAUUUAACCCAGGUGGAAUCAAUCUCUCCUCAUUUGGAGCUACAUUUUAGUCAAUUGUACUUUAACAAAAGAUAAUUAUCACAUGGGUCCUCUCAAGAGACAUAACCACAAUUCAAAUACAUUAUUAUUUGUUGAUAAAGGAGCAAAAUUCAACUUAUUUUGGACAUGAAAUUAGUAAAAGACUUCUUAAAGGGGAAGUGCUCGCCUUCUUCUUGAAGGAUGAGGCCGGUAGGGAGUUAAAGUCCCCCAGAAAAACAAAACAUUACACGUUUAUUUCUAUAAACUUCGAGCAGAUGACCAACAUUGACAAAGAAAAGUGACAUAAGCAGUGGAGAAAAUAGGCUCCAUGACAAACUCAGAUCAUUGGUCUCUUGGUUUAUAGAUUAUUCUAAACAAAUGUUAUUAUUUCACGAGAAAAUAACCCUUCACUUAUUGUCAUUGUCCCUGCACCUUUUACCAAAGCCCAUUAAGAUAUUGCCUAUCCAUAAGUUAUUUCAGCAUGGCUCAUGGUAUCUGAAUGAACAUAGUUAAUUUACCACCAGCGUCAGAAACACUCUCCAUUUAUUAGCAUUGAUUGUGGGUUUUCUUAUUGCAGUGCGGUGUGCUGGUUGCGAAAUACUGCGGGCAAAACUUGCAGACAUUGCACUUCUUUCAGAUCUGUGUUUAUUGAGUCAGCAGCUGAUACAGUUUGUUUGAGUCUUAUAGACAAGCAUCAAAUGUUGUUAAUACUUUUUCUGCAGUAUCUGUUCACGUUUUUAUGGUUGCACAAUAUUGAAAAUAUCCAUAUCACAACUGCUAUCAACACUACACUUGUGCAUUUAAAUAAGGGUGCGUCUUAUUUGUAAAAACUGUAUUUGUAUACUAUCUCAGGUCACUUAUAUCAGUCAUAACCUACUGUGCUCAUUUCCUGUCAGUGGAGCUACAUUAUGACAUUUUGUUUGUGUAAAAUUGAUAAACUCGAAUUUGACUGUCA